AGUGAGCUAAAAACGCAUUCGCGGCAGUUUAGUGCGCCCAGCCCGAACGAGCGUAAUUUACAAGCAUUCGCACAAGCCUACGCGACGCUUACUUACAUACAGAUACGUUUAGCGCUUAGCUCGCUCGCAAGUGGACUUGCGAAUUUUUAUUGUUUUGCGCAAGAAACGGAAUGCUUUUUCGCCGCACAACAAAUUUAGAAGCGAAGCAAAACGGAAGGAAUUCGGAAGAAGCAAAACAAAAACUCUCCCCAAGAAAAAAUUACAAAUGUGAAUUCAUAAUUUAAUAUUACAACAAAAAAUUAGACAAUGGUGAAAAAGUUAACUCAACUAAACUGAAUAGCAAAAGGAUCAAAAUCAAAUUGAAAUUAAUCAAAAGAUUUGAUCUGCAAAUAAAGUGAAAUUGAAGUUUUUAAAAAAAUACUAAAACAAAAAAACAGAAAUUUAAAAAGGCAAAAAAUUGUGUCGCGCGUAUAGGCGUGAAAAUAUUUUGUGAAAAGACUCAACUGAAGUGCAUAGCACUUGAACUAAAAUGAUAAGAAAUGGAAAUAUUGCUGCCAAUCCCACUUAAAAACAUUGUCAAAAUUCUACCUAACACGUAGAAAAAAAAUAAGUAAAUUUUAUUUAAAUUUAUGAAGAAAAUAUUAACACAAAUAUAAACAUAAAAUACAAAUAAAUAAUAUACACUAAGCAAGUAAACUUUUCAAAAAGUCAAACUCAAGAGAAGUACGAGCAGAAAACGCAUAAGAAGAAGCAGUAAAUCAAUUUGGAAACGUUUCCCCAAAAAGCAAUAAACCACUAAAACUAACUACUGCACCUACAAGGAAAUCAUUGUAAAUCAUAUCAGCAGCAACAACAACCACAGCAUACAAAUUAGAGUGAAGCAGAAUAGCCAGCGACGCUUUUACAGCGUCACAUCAGUGAAAUCGUCAACGCCAAUACCAACACCAACACAAACACAAACAGAAACAACGCCAAACACCAAAAUGGACGAGACACAGCAUUUCUGUUUGCGCUGGAACAACUACCAAAGCAGCAUAACGUCGGCGUUCGAAAAUCUGCGUGACGAUGAGGAUUUCGUCGACGUAACAUUGGCGUGCGAGGGACGCAGCAUUAAGGCGCAUCGCGUAGUCCUGUCAGCGUGCAGUCCAUACUUUCGCGAUUUACUCAAGAGCACACCUUGCAAACAUCCAGUAAUUCUACUGCAAGAUGUAAAUUUUCUCGAUCUACACUCGCUGGUUGAAUUCAUUUAUCACGGCGAGGUGAAUGUGCACCAAAAGUCCUUGCAGUCCUUCCUUAAAACGGCAGAGGUACUUCGAGUCUCGGGUCUCACACAGCAACAGGCCGAGGAAACUCAUAGUCAAUUAGCUCAAAUACAAAAUCUGGCAAAUGCGGCCAACGCCACACGCCCUCCUCACAACACACACCACAAUGCCCUGCACGAAGAGUCGGUGCUGUAUUCGCGCAGCAGUGGCUCACCCCCACCACCACCUCCAUCCCAACAACUGCCAUUGGCCUCCACACACAUUAACAGCCAACUGUUUAAGCGCAGCAUGGCUAUGCUCCGACGCGAACGGAACAAUUCCACACCAUCGGCUGAGGACUCGAAUAAUGCUAUGAAACGUCUACGCGGACCCGAUAACGGUUUGCCGUCGAGCAGUAAUAAUAGCCCCGAAAUCGUGCACCAACGCAGCUCAUCCCCGCAAUUGACACCUGCCGAUUUCUCAACCAUCAAACACAACAAUAACAAUACACCGCCUCUGAAGGAAGAGAAACGUAACGGACCCUCUGGCAAUGGUAAUAACGGGAAUGCUAAUAGCGACACUGGCAAUGGCAAUGGCAUCGCCAAUAGCGACAAGGUCAGCGGCAGUUUAACAUCAUCGCCGCUGACACGCACUGCCGACGACGUCAAAUCGGAACCCAUGGAGCUGGUCUGCUCGAAUAACAAUCCAACAGUGGUCGAUGAGCACAGCAACGACUCCACUGGCGAACAUGAGGCGAAUCGAUCGAGCAGCGGCGAUGGCGGCAAAGGUUCAUUGAGCAGUUCGGGAAACGAUGAGGAGAUCGAUAACAAUAUGCCACCGCAUCCUCCACCGUCAUAUAUGAUGUCACCGGCUGAGAGCAAGUUAUUUCCCCCGGGCCCCUUCAAUUUCCCCAUGAGCGGUCUAGAUCCUGCCGCGUUAGCUGGUUUUAACUCGCAACUACAGUCUGCCGCCGAAUUAUCAGUUUCUCCGCAAGGUGGAAGUACCAACCUGCUUGGUGGCGUUAUAAUACCCGGUGGCAGUCCCAAUACAAGUAGUAGUAGCAACCAAAAACUGCAACACGAACAUCUCCACCAUUCCACCACCACUACCACAGCCACCACUACAAGCACCACUCACCAGUUCCACAAUCAUCAUCAUCUUCAACAGCAACAACAACACCAACACCUCCAUCACCACCAGCAACAACAACAGCAAUCAUCCUCACCGCAUCACCAACAGCAGCAACAACAAUUGCACUCCCACCACAUGCGCAGCGAACGCGACUUGGACCGUUCGACCACCGACUGCAGUCCGCGCUCGCCAGACCAGCGCAUGCCGAAGCGACCAGCCAGCGAGCAGCCACACCAUAUACAAUCCCAUCAUUCGACCGCCUCGUCACCAUCCGAUGUGAUUGCGUCUACACCACCGCCACCACCACCGCCGCAACAUAUGAAACCACCGUCACCGCAUCAUACCCACCAGCAUCCACACUUUAGCCACCAACAAUUGCCGCUCGCCAUGUUACCGUCCCACCAUCUGCACGCCCACCACGAUCUAGCAGCAUCCGCCCACCACCACCAUCACUUGUCGCGCACCGGCUCGCCAUUGGAUCAUCACCACCUGUUGCACCAUCGCCGUUCCUCGCUCUCGCCUUCGCCCACCGGCCGCGGUUCGGGCGGCUCUGCGGCUGGCAUACUCUCCUCGACGCGCGGUGGCGACAUGGUUGGGGGUAGUAGUCGCCUACUUUUGCCGCUGCCACUAAGCGCCUGCCACCGAUGCGACGUAUGCGGUAAAUUACUCAGCACAAAGCUGACGCUGAAACGGCACAAGGAGCAGCAGCACCUCCAGCCGCUCAAUAAUGCCGUUUGUAAUUUGUGCCAUAAAGUCUUUCGCACGCUGAAUAGCCUCAACAACCACAAGAGCAUCUACCAUCGCCGUCAGAAGAACCAUCACUCGUACUUUCAUCACAGUAGCGCGGUGGGCGGCGGUGUGACCGGUGGCAGCCCCAGCAGUCGGCUGCAUCAGUCACUCAGCUCGUUGGGCGCCGCAGCGGUUGCCAACAAUAGCGUCGGCGCAGGUGGCAAUGGCAAUGCGGUGGCAGCAGCAGCUGCGGCAGCUGCCGCCGCGGCGGAACUAUUACUCUCACCGAUUGUAGGCGCGGCCGCGGUCGCAGGUGGAGGUGGUGCUGGACCCACAGUGCAACUCUCACACGGUGGACAGCAGCAGUCUUCACCCAAUAUGGUGAAGCCCUGUAUGGAUUUCUUAUAAGAUCAACAUCACCUGCUGCAGCAGCUCUUCCAUGUUGCUCUGAACACGCCGCAGCCACCACCGCCCACGCUCUCCGCCAGUAUGAGCCCGAUGUCGGCGAUAGGACAGGGAACACUGCCCGUAACGACAAUGGUUGAUUUGCCAUAUGGACACCAGCUACCGCCGACUGUGGACCUAACGCAAAUGGAUCACUACGCCGGUGUUAGUAGCGGCGGUGGAGGUGGCGGUGGAAGCGAGCAUUACGAGCGCAUGAAUUUACUAGAGCACUGAGCAGCACAGCAUGGACUGUUGUGAAUGCCACAAGUACUAAAGCGAUAAACCGAUCGUACCGAUGAAGUGACCAAUUCAAAAAAACAAAAAAACCACAAAAGACUAAGUGACCAAAAAUGUGAAAAUUAAGCAGAGACUUUAAACACUAAAAAAGUUCGACACAAAGCGAGCGACCGACCGACCCUCCCACAGUGAAACGAGCUGAACAUUUUUAAAGCAAACAUACAAACAAAAAAGAAUGCAAGCACAAAAAGUAUGAAUAGCAAAAAAAAAAAACAAGAAAAAAAGGAAUAAAAAGAAGAGGAAGAAAAGAAGGAGAAAAGAAGAAGAAAAACGAGAACAAACUAAAAUUGUUGAAUUGAAAAACGCAAGAAUGCAAAACUGUGAUUUUUUACAUCUCUUUUUUGAGUUUUACGAACAAAACAUUAUUUUUCGAUGUACAACAUCAUUGACUUUUACAUGCAUGGAAAUGUACUUUUAGUGAAAGCAUCACGCGUGCACAGAUAUUUUAUAAAACCUUAGUUUAAUUUAGGCGCAGAGCUGAUUGAGCGCCGAACGGUGCACUGGCAGCGCUGCUGAAGCGGGCGCACACACAGGCGCAAAGUGAGAAGGACCGAGCAAAUAUGCGAUAUGACGAUGUGCUCCUACACACAUACGAACUCACGCUUACAAACACACUCACACGCAUUCGCACAUGACGGACAUGAUUGGAGAAAUAUUUGCGGAAUUGUACAUACAAGACUACAUUUUAUUGAUUUCGACUACUGAGAACAAGGCGUGGGAUGGGUUCGGCAUGAAUUGAAGACUGUUAGAGAAAUUUUAUUUGAUUUUAUUUUUAGUUUUCCAUAUUUAUAAUAUUUAGGCGUGUGCGAAAAAUUGUUGACGUGGGACUGCGGAAAGCUCCCAAAUUACAUACUUAGUGUAGUUGGGCAAUAUUUAGACAAUGAGAAAUAAAACAAACGACAAACACAAACGAACACACACACACGCACUCAUGCAAAUGAAGCGGUUUCGAGCGGGGUGCUUCAUGAACUAUUUUUAACUACAGCUACCGUCAAAUGAGAGAACUAGCAACAGACACCUAUACACACACACACACACACACACUAAUGCGGAGGUAGAUUGAUAAUAAUGAGAUGUGCAAUUUUUAUUUGUUGACAAUACAAGAUUAGUGUUAGUAUUCUGUUUUCCCAUUUAUGAUAAGAAGGAAAGCGACUGAAAUAAAAGUAAAAGAAAGUAAACAAAUCGUAACGCAUGACCCACGCGUGCGUGAGGACGGCACGCUGAAUGCCCACCCUCACAUACUAGCCUACAGGCGUAUACAUAUAGGCGCUCGAGCGCAUACUACUUUAGUGGACUUAUUGUGUACUCUCAAUUGGAUACAUAGUAUGAACAUGCAGACAUACAACAACAACAAUAGCAUCUGUGCAUGUAUAACUUGUGUAGAAAUUUCGUUUAUCUGUGCUGUUACCAUACAUAUAUACAUACAAUACAUAUAAACAAUGUAAAAACACAUGCAUAGAUGCAAGCAGAAAUCACUCUUUAUAUAGCCAAUGUAUGUAAGCGUUUACCUAUUAUAUACCUAUUAAUAUAAGACGUGUAUGUACAUACCAAUACGAAUACAGUGGAAUACAUCUGUAUGUGUGUAGAUAUACAAAUUAUGAAAAGUUUGCGGGCAGCGCAUAGGAUUUUCAAAGUUUUAAACUAAUUAGGCUAAGCGCAGGGGGAAGAGAAGACGAGUUUCGUUAUACACACACCUAUACAUAAACUGCAAAUAUAUUUAUAUACAUAUACACGUGUAAAUGUACGUAAAUGAUACUUUGUAAAUAGCAAAAGAAAUAUAUUAGCGACUUGUCAUUUAUUGUAAAGAAUUUUUUCCUAAUUUUACUUCUCAAAUGCGGAUGUGAAUUCGAUUCCAAAACUUUUUAACAGAAAUCUAUAAGCAAAAACUAAUAAAAACUUCCAAAAUCAUGACGGUUUUCCAUGAACUCAUUGAUGAAACUCAAAACUCUUAGCUUGGCUGCAAAAUUUGUAAUAAUUUUAUUUCAAAGCUUUUUGGCUUACGUAAAAAUUUUCAAGCUCAAAAACCCUUUUUUUUGGUUUUUUUGUUUUUUGAUAUGCGCAGAGAUAUGAGUUUGCUGGCAACCGCAGCAAGGACUGAUAGGUUUUAGGACAAUUACAAAUUAUGAAAAAAAAAACUUUUAACGCAAAAAUAUGCAACAAAAAUAUUUUAACAUUUCAAAAAAUAUUGUUUUUGUUUUUUUUUUUGUAAACUUUUAUGAUAUUUACGACUCUAUCGGUAUUGGGAAAUUGUGACUAAAAAAUUGUGAUUCGUGAUUAAUUGGCAUUUUAAGUGGCGUGUAAAAAUGUGUGUGUUUGGACACACGCACACAUGCACACAUUGAUGAAAUCAAAAUUUUUGCAUUAUUAUAUUUAGAAUAUUGAGGAUAAAGUAAAAACGAGAAAUGAGAAAUAAUUUUUUGCUUUUCAUUUAAAGAAGACUGAAAAUUGGCAUUUCGAAAGAAGUAAAAUUUUAGAAAAACCAAAAAUUAAUUCACACCCAAAAUGUGGAGGUUUGUACGACUUUUUAUCUGCACAAAAAAUUGGAGAAAAAACGUUGAUUAGACUCGAAAACUUACGAUUACUGUUAUUUUUUUUAGUAUUUUAGCGAAAUCAAAAAUCAAAUAAAAUAUUGUAUUUUUGGAGGAGAAAGUCUGUUUUUAACAAUUCGAUACCAAAUUUUAUUAUUUACAAGUACAUGCAAAUAUUUUUUUGUUUUAAGACAUUUUUAUUUUUAAUUUUUAAAACAUUUAUUUGCUUAUAAUUUGCGGUUGAUUUACCACCUUUGUCAUGGCGUCCCCCCGAGCGGCGGCGCAUGAGGAGUUCAAAACUUUUUUUAUGCAUUACGUGCGGUAUUUCUUUUUUUACAUUUUUAUGCGACAAUAUUAAGAUAGACUUAAAAUACGGUAUAUGGUCGGGCACGUUUAGUCCGGCACGAAUAAAUUAGAAGCUUAAGUAUUAGUUGGCAUUCGGAAAAUUCAAAUCACUUUUAUGUGGCAAAGUGGCGCCGAAAUCCGCAUCUUUUUUACACUCGUAUGUAGUACUUGUGCGUAUGUGCGUUAUAUGAUUUCUUCAUUUUUUAUGGCAUAUACACACACAUACUUAGUUUGAACUUAAGUGCUUUACUAACACACUUACGAAUUAAAUUCACUAAUAUACAUAUACACACAUAAAUAUAGUUUAGAAAAUUAAUCGUUUUUUUAUAUAUGCUUUAAAUAUUACAUAUAUACAUAUAUAAACACACACUCACACACAAACACACACACACGUAUGUACAUAUAUGUAGAAAUGAACUACUGAGUUUGUGCGAAGAAGCAAAAAAUUAAAUAAAAAAAAAAUAAGAAAAAAGGCAAAAACGCAUAACGGCAAAAUAAAAAUCCUCUAAAUAGCAAAUAAAAUUUUAUAUAAAAUGUAAAAAUAUGUAUGAAAUGAGAAACCCGAAAGUAAUUGUACACUAAAGUCGCAACAGCGAAGCAAAAGGAAAACAAAAAUGGUUAAAAACAAUUAGAUUUCAUUGAAUAAUAAGUAAUUUAAGGGUAAUUGUAAAUAUUUUAAAUAUUGUAAUAUAAGAAAUGAGUAAGAGAAAAUGAAGGAGAAAUUGUAAAAGUUAAUAUAAUCGUAAUAAUCGUUUUGUUUUUGUGAAUUUUUUAAUUAAAUGCUGUUUACAAACACAUUUACAUGCAUACAUAUUUACAUAUACUAUACACUUGUACGUUCAACGUCUACAACUUGUGUCCUUUUAGGCGCUUUACAUUAGUUUUAUAUUACAGAUGAUUUAGAAUGUACGAAGGACGCAUAAAACACUAUAAAGUAUCCGUAAAAAACGAAAAUAGCUCUAAGGUAAAUCCAUCAGCAGCACCAACAGACCCGCCAUACAUGCAAACAUCCUAAUUUCCAAACAGACAUACGCCACGCAUACAUACAUACACACAUAAACAAACUCCAAACAAACAUAAACACUCACGCCAACACACACACACACGCAUACACAAACACUCAUAUAUAAAUCCUCUCAUACACUCUGUAUCCACUACCAUUAAACUACUUCCAUCUCAAACUAUAUAGCAUUAUGGAAAUAUUGAAAACUUACUACAAUAAAAACAUAACAACUGUAAUCAAAACAAAAAAUAGCAACUCUAUCUCUUCUUGUUUUCUUAAUUGAUAAAUAUGUGCAUAGCACGCAGCUACAUGUGCUUAGAAUACAAACAUAACCAUAGACCAUAGACCAUAGUCCAUAGACCUACUGUAGAUCAUAGAGCAUCGAGCAUCGAGCAUCGAGCAAACCAUAGACCAUAAAUCACAGCAAAUAGCAAAUAGCAAACAGAGAACAUAAAACAUAAAACAAAAGACAAAAAAAGACAUAGAACGGAACAGAAGAGCCAAGUGAGGCGCAUUGAUGAGCGAUUUUUGAAUUAUCAUAAACGCUCGUAAGUCAUAACAGCAACAACAACAACAACCAAAAAUAAUAACUAUCCUAAUUAUGAUCAAAUAAACUAAAUGAAUAUUGCAGCGACAGAAAUACCACAACAUUUAUCAUAAACAAUGAAAGCCAGAGCAAACGACGAAUCUGUUAUUAUUUACAUGCAUACACACAUACAUACAUAUAUAAAUCAAUCAAUGUGAAAAUAGUCACGUGAAAAAGCACAGUCUUUUUUUGUGUUUAUUUUUUCAAAUUCUUCACUUUUUACUACCACACGAAGAUUGCGCGAAUUGUUUGACCAGCUGGAGAGGGGAUUGAUAUGUGAGAACUUCCGCUAUUUGUCUUCCACAAAAUUCAACGGUUUGACCAGAGAAUGUUA